CAGCGAGACAGAUCGAGGGAGCGAGCGAGGGGAGUGGGAGAGUGAUCGAGAAGGCGUCGCCGUGUCGGACCUUGCAAAUCCUUGUGACCGUUGUGUCAAAUCGGUGCCUUCCUCCUCCAACGAUCUCCCCUUCCAAGCCUCUUCCCGAAGCCUUCCCCCCCUCCUCCUCCUCCUCCACCCCCACUUUCUGUUCUGGGUGUCGUCUCUGAUCCCGGCAUUCUGUUUCGGGGACCCAAUUCUGUGCUUGCUGGAGCGGUGCGGCCUCUGACUUCAAUCUCCGUUUCAAUUUUUCGCCCGGAUCGUCUUGUGCCUGGAAAUUGACGUUUGUGUCGUCGGACGAUCGUAUGGGUUUGAUGUAGUGCGGCGUUGUUGAGUUUCUGCGUCGGGAAUUUAUGGUGCACGGCUGGUGACUUUGUUUCAUCAACGUGACGUGGAGCUGCAUUGCUCUCUGAGUUGGAGUGCGUGCUGGUGUGCGGCUUGUUGGAUUGAUGUGCUUGAAGAGGAAGAGGAAGCCGUUCUCCCCCCAGGCCUGGUUCGGAGGGAGAGGGGAAGUUUGAAGAGAAGGGCUGAAAGAGAGUCGUAGGCGGGUGGCUUAGCGUCCACAGCCAUGACUGUGGCAAUCGAAAGAGGUGGAGGAGCCCAAUUGACACGGGUCAGAAGUGGGGAAGAGAAGAUUUAUGUCACCGUCCGAGUGAGGCCGCUUAGCGCCAAGGAGGUCGCGCGGUCUGACGCUUCUGAUUGGGUGUGCACCAGUGAGCAGUCAAUAGCGUUCAAGCACGCUCUUCAGGAGCGUUCCCCAUUUCCUGCCGCAUAUACACUAGAUCGUGUCUUCGGACCCGACUGCCUCACUCGAAGGGUAUAUGAAGAAGGCGCUAAGGACGUGGCUCUCUCAGCACUCACGGGUCUAAAUUCCACUAUUUUUGCAUAUGGCCAAACCAGCAGUGGGAAAACGUAUACAAUGAGGGGAGUCACUGAAAGCGCCAUUGCAGACAUUUUUGAGUACAUCGAACAUAAUACAGAUAGAGAAUUUUUAUUGAAAGCUUCAGCACUCGAAAUCUACAAUGAGGUGGUCAAAGAUUUAUUGACCCCCGAAGGUGUUCCUCUGAGAUUACUCGACGACAAAGAGAAGGGUACUGUUGUGGACAAGCUGAAAGAGGAAGUUAUCCGUGACAUCAGCCAUCUGCGACAGCUAAUCAAAAUUUGCGAAGCUCAACGACAAGUUGGCGAGACGAGCCUGAAUGAUACAUCGUCUAGGUCGCAUCAGAUCAUCCGAUUGACGGUGGAGAGCCACCCCUCUGGAGUUUCUCCAGGGAUCCCAUCUGCCUCAUUAAUAGCCAGCUUGAAUUUUGUGGAUCUGGCUGGAAGUGAGAGAGCUUCUCAAACUCAUGCUGAUGGAACCAGGCUCAGGGAAGGCGCCCACAUUAACCGCAGCCUGUUAACUCUUAGUACUUGUAUUCGCAAACUCAGUGGAGGAAGUGCAAAGAAAGGACAUAUUCCAUUCAGAGAUUCCAAACUUACAAGGAUUCUACAGCACUCGCUGGGAGGAAAUGCCAGAACUGCUAUCAUCUGCACCAUGAGUCCUGCCCACAGUCAUGUUGAGCAAUCACGGAACACUCUUGCCUUCGCUACCAGAGCGAAGGAAGUAACUAAUACCACGCACAUCAACAUGGUCGUGUCGGACAAGGUUUUGGUAAAGCAACUACAGAAAGAAGUGGCCAGACUGGAGGCAGAGCUGAAAGUCCCAGAUCCAACCACUGAAAUCACAUCAUCUGAAGCACUGCUGCAUGCCAAAGAUCUACAAAUUCAGAAGAUGGAGGAGGAACUUAGGGAGCUGGAAUUAGAGCGUGAUGCUGCGCAAGCUCGACUUGAAGAGGUAAGGAGGAAGCUGGAGGAAGAAGAGGUGGCGAAAAGACUAGCUGAAGAGGCAGCCAUGAAACUUGCUGUGGAAGCGGCGAACAGACCUCCAUCAACACCUGGUCCUCUAUCCAUCUCCCGUACUCCUCUGUCAAUUAGUACGAACCGAAGAAGGUGGUCUGAUUCGGGAGAUUAUCUCACACGAAAAUACGAGGAAGGGAACCAGCACCCGCAAACUCCUCCUAGCCAGAUGCGGCUGAAAGGCCCAGCCAUGUCUGUUCGGCAAUCUACUGCUGCUUCAGUUAUGCUGGUUCAAGAGAUUCGGAAUCUAGAAACUCUACAGGAUGAGUUGGGAGAGGAUGCCAACCGAGCUCUUGAAGCUCUUCAAAAGGAAGUAGAGUGUCUGCGGUUAGCUCAAGCUGGUAUGAACCAUGACGCUGCUUCUACAGUUCAGAAACUUCAGGAUGAGCUUCAAACUAUGCACAGUCUUCGAUCGUCAACUUCAAAAUUCAGGAGCUUGGAGAGCAAGGAGGGCGUAGACACUCUACGCCAGUCUCUCAGUCUCAACCAAGUGACCUUGCGACAAGAGCUCUCUAGACUGGGAGGAAAGGACAAGUCUGACGCUGAUGCUGCCAUAGCGACUCUGGAGGAGCAGUUGGAGAGUGUGCAAAGGUCCUUGGACAAAAUGGUUCGUGCUAAUGAAGCACGCUCGCCCAAGGAGGCUGGAGGGGUAUCUAAAACCCGUGGACGACGAAGGAAUGCUCCCCCAACUCCCUCGGCCAGCAUGACUAGGCAGCGCCUCACAUCAGAUACUCCUUCCUCCCCAGCUGCUCGGAGGACAUUACGAUACAGUAAUAGCGAGAACAAUGAAAAUGCACCCCCAAGAGUAUUACGUGACAACAACCCUCAUAACGCUGAAGAGCCUGCAACACCUCGAGGUAAAGGACACCUAACGCAAGGCGUGUCGCCAUCAAAGAGAAAUCUGAACACAAGCCAAUCCAAGGAGAGUCCUGGCGGUGCACACGAGAGGUCCAACUUAGUGGACCUCCGGAAAAUGCAGAAUUUGUUUAAAACUGCAGCUGAAGACAAUAUCAAAAGCAUACGCACUUAUGUUACAGAUUUGAAGGAGCGUGUAGCAAAGCUUCAAUAUCAGAAGCAGCUUCUUGUGUGCCAGGUUCUUGAACUAGAAGCUGGAGGGCUCGAUGACGAGGAAGUAGAGGGAGAUGACCACCUCAAUGAUGAUGAGCUUGAUUUGCAGCCUGUGCAAUCACUUGAUAGCUGGAAGCUACAAUUUGAUCAGCAACGAGCUCUCAUCUUGGAAAUGUGGGACACCUGCAAUGUGUCCAUCGUCCACAGAACUCAAUUCUAUCUAUUAUUCAAUGGAGAUCCUGCUGAUUCCAUUUACAUGGAAGUUGAGCUACGCCGUUUAACAUGGCUGCAAGAGAACUUCAAUGCCGAGUCCCAAGGGAAUCAGUGCAAUGCUAACACCCUAGAGGAGCAAUUAAUCCAUCGCGCUCAUAGCCCAAGCAGCUCGAACAGCACUAAAAGCUUGAAAAGAGAAAGGGAUCUUCUAGCAAAGCAGAUGUCGCGAAGAUUGCCCAAUGAGGAAAGGGAAGACUUGUACAUAAGGUGGGGUGUCCCUCUUGACACAAAGCAGCGAAAGCUGCAGCUGGUGUAUAAGUUGUGGGCAGACCCUCAUAACCUGCGUCAUGUAGAAGCCAGUGCCGAAGUCGUAUCAAGGAUUGUGGGGAUUAUUAAUCCAGGUUGUGCGCCCAAAGAGAUGUUUGCUCUGAACUUCACUCUUCCCAACCAUGCAGAAACCCCAGGAAUGUUCGGGUGGAACGGUCUUUCAGCUCUACUGCAGCAUUUUUAGACAUGUAGAGGUUUUUCAGAUGUCCUAAAUUCUGGACAAUUAGUGAAGGUGUUAGUUUAGUCACUGGCCACUUAGUUGUGAAUAAUUUUCCUCGUGAAGUUUAGGAAUGCCUCUAUUCAUAUUGACAUGAAUUGUAUAGAAGUUAUGUACCACAAGUCACUGUACAUAUAUUCUAGCUUUGGAAAAGCCAUGUUAAUUAAUUGGAUGAGCUCAAAUUCAGAGCUCUUUUUAUAAUUCCCAACUUAAAAGCA